CCCUGGCGGGCGGGGAAGGCGCUAAACGUGCCGUAAAUUGUGAGGUUUUGUAAGUCAGAGGGAAGCGCCGUAAAGCAGUGUGGGGGUUGGUUUGACGACGCGUUUUGUUUGAGAGCUAUGGACGAGGAUAUCCUGACCACCCUCAAGAUCCUAAUCAUCGGCGAGAGCGGCGUCGGCAAGUCCAGUUUGCUACUACGGUUCACAGAUGAUACCUUUGACCCAGAACUUGCUGCAACAAUUGGUGUUGACUUCAAAGUGAAAACGAUUGCAGUUGAUGGAAAUAAAGCAAAACUUGCAAUAUGGGACACUGCUGGCCAGGAGCGGUUCAGGACCUUGACUCCUAGUUACUACCGAGGGGCACAAGGUGUUAUACUAGUGUAUGAUGUGACCAGAAGAGACACCUUCAUAAAAUUAGAAAAUUGGUUGAAUGAACUGGAGACAUAUUGCACAAGAAAUGAUAUUGUGAAAAUGUUAGUUGGAAACAAAAUUGAUAAAGAAAACCGUGAAGUAGACCGGAAUGAAGGCCUCAAGUUUGCAAGGAAACAUUCUAUGUUAUUUAUAGAAUCAAGCGCAAAAACGCGUGAUGGUGUGCAGUGUGCGUUUGAAGAACUUGUUGAAAAAAUUAUUCAGACUCCUGGCUUAUGGGAAAGUGAAAGUCAGAACAGUAGACUUAGGUUAUCUGAUUUGCCUGAUGCCGACAGUGGAGGCUCUUGUGGUGGAUAUUGCUCCAUGCUGUAAACUGUAAGACUUGUGAUGAAAUUAUUUCUUGCCAAUUUUAAACAAUUGGUUAGCUAUUUGUAUAAAUUCUAGAGUUGACAUUGCAGUUUGCACACUUUGCUCACAUCAUGUGAAAUAAUCCCCAAUAAUUUGCCUUAGGCCAGAUUAGUGUUAGGCAUGCAAUCUAGAGUUAGUAUUCAUAAAACAUUUUGCUUGUAAUGUCAAAAUCUCCUCGUAAUUUGAAGCAGUUACAUGUCAGAACUCUCUGCAACUAUUUUCAUCAGUGAGGGUCAGGGGUUCAUCUGUACGCGUUCAUAUGGUCUAGUUUCAUCGAGAAACAAUCUGCCCAUUGUAGAUGCGAUAUAUUUUCAUCCUUUGUUCAUGUUUUUUUCACACUUCUCUGUGAACUACUUAGGCCUUUCUCCAGCCCCCAACCUCAGAAAUGUUUCAUAUGGUUUGCGAAUUUUGGAGUGUAUGUGGUAUGUGUUGGGAACACUUUGGUGUUAAAAUGCUUCAAUAUAACUGAAUUUUCAUUGCUGUUAGUCUAGCUGAAUAAACAUCUUAUAAAUGCAGGAGAACAGUAAGCUUGUAUCAGAUGUUAAAAUAACAUUCUUUCAUUCAUAAACUGGUAAUUAAGACUGUUCUAAUAAAAUCUUGCUGAGUUUUUAAAAAGCUAUCACUUUAAUAGUUGUGCUAAACAAAUGUAUUCCAAUACACACACAAAUUGUAACUCCUAAAAUGAUAGGACUGCACAACUUUUAUAGCAUCCAUACCAUAAAACAAUGAAAAUUAGAACUGUUUUCAAAUUAGACGCCAUUCUAUGCUAACCAAAUGGUGGAAGCAUUUGGAAAAAUAAUUUGGAAACAUUUAUGACUUUUUCAGUUAGCUAAAUGCUAAACUGCACUUACUGUUUUUUUUAAUCUUCAAUGUAUGGGUAUACAUCUGAGACCGUUAUUAUAAAAGUACAUUAUUGAUGACACUUUGUAAGUAUUGUACAGAAAAACUACAAUAUUUUCUUUAAUCAUUGAGUGUUUUUAAGAAAUGCAAAUUGAAGGUUGGUUAGUAAUUGUAAGAUAUCUGUUGUUAAGUGUGUGGUUCACUUCCAGUAGUUGUUUGUUGCACUGUACACUUACUGAAAAUAGAAAAUCCAAAUUUGGAAGUGUAUUAUCAUAAAUGAGAUUUAAGUAAAUAAUCCCUGUACUAUUAAAUUUUAUUCUGAACUAAUAUGUAGAUGCAUUUUUGCUACAGAUCUUUGAAUAACCCAAAUAUUUGUUCAGAAAAUACUAAAAGCUUUGAGUUGGGUAGAUUGAAAACUGUAAGUUUAGGUGAUUGUUAUUGGGCAGCACCAUGGAAUCAACUACGUACCGACCCAUUCACUUAAUCUUCUUGAAAUCAACACUGUUGAGAUUUUAUUUCUGUAAAUGAAUACUACUGCAAAGUUUUCAUCAAGUUAGAUUUCAGAGCAUGCAACUGUAUUGAUGGUAACAUUAAAAUUGUGUGCUUUUUUAAAGUUGCAUUUAGUAAAUACAAAAUGUUAGAUGCUUCAAUGUUAUUUCAUUUGAACUUUGUACUUUAAUUGAUCAAAGAUUCGUACACGAUACAUUUUUCAAUAUAGUCACUGUGGCCUGUUUUGUAGAAUGUAAUAAAGUGUGAACAGGUUGAUUAGAAAAUAUCUAUACCUAAUCCUAUGUUUCAUUGAGUUUUUGUUUUGAAGGAACUGCCAAAUGGCUCCAAACCAUUAGCAGUUUUGUAAUUCAAUUUUCUUAUUAGAUGGCAUAUUUUCUGGCAAUCCUUUUGUCGUGAUGUAUCCUGUUUCUAGAAAUAACAUAAACAUAAUUUACAUGAUAUAGAA